AUUCAGAGAAAAUCGAUUUUGAUUUCAGUGACGAAGCCCUACAGUAUUUGGGAGUAGUCCCACUCGACGUCCUGCGAUCGAAGUACUCCUAUCCUGCUGGAUUCACUGACACUAAUGACUCGUCGCAGCAUACUGUAUGAUCCAUUCGCAUGUCCAAGUUGCAUAACCAUCAUUUCAUAAUAGUCCUAAUCCAACAGAAAGAACACCUAAGAGCUUCUUGAAAUGCAGGAAUUUUACAUGAAACAGUUCGGUUCCAUCAAAAUUCCCCGUGAAAUUCCUCCGGUCCGAAUAAGCCAUAGAUCAGACAUCACCAUUCACCAAUGAUAGCAGCAAUUCUCUCUUCAUGUACUAGUAGUCUAGUAGUACAACUCAUCAGAAAAGGUAGCUGAUCUAUGUCAAUGUAAUUAAUCAAUCACAGGUUAUUAGUACUCCAGCAUAGGUAAACCAGGACGUAAGUACAAUUAAUGAAACUAAUGCAGCAAAGCAAAUGCUAAUAAUGGCCACUUUCCACCCUGCACUGCAACCUAGUCUACUCCCCUCACAUGUCGCACCAGCUGCAGCGCCACACUCCACUCCUCCUGACGACUCCACUGUCUCCUCUUCAACUGAAUCAGACCAGACCACGCCGCAGCUGAGCUGCAGGAGCGCGCGGCCAGAGCCUUCGUGGCGCAGCAGCACGGUGGCGGCAGAGCCGUCGCCAUGAAGGCGGCGGCGAGGGAGAGGAAGCCGAGGCACAGCAACGGGAGGGCCGCGGCGGCGGCUGCCAAGAACCUGAGCAAGGUCGAGCCCGGCAGGCACCUCGCCGUCGUCAGGCUUUUUCCGGCGUGCCUCCUCGCCCUGCUUAUCUGCCUCUGCGUCGUCAAGUUCUUCUCCUCUCUCUCGUCUCAAUCCCAGCGGAUUGGAACCAGGAGCAGGAUGGUGAGUUCUUGGGAAGGCAGCGCCAGUACGAAUGUACCUCGAAUUCCUGUUGCUCCUCUGAUUAUGGGCAGGGUCGAUGAAGAUAUUUCGACAAGAUCGCCGGAAUUAGGUUCCGUGUUUAAAAAUGAAAAUUUUAAGAAUGGGACAGAUUCAGAGAAUAAAUCAAGAUCAGAGAGACAGGUUGCAAUCUCUACAGAGAAUGAUCCCCCUCCUGGAAAGGAAGAAUCUUUGACAAAAUCACCACAGACAGCAGUUUCAGAGAGUGAAGUUCCAAAGCCUAAGAGUAAGAUAAGUUGUGAUGAUAAGAGUAAAGAUGAAGGCUUCCCUUAUGCAAGGCCAAUCGUCUGCCACCUGUCCGGCGACGUUCGAGUUUCUCCGGCGACCUCCUCGGUUACCCUGACCAUGCCAUUGCAGCAAGGGGAGGCAGCGGCGCGGCGCAUCAGGCCAUAUGCACGCCGGGACGACUUCCUGCUACCUCUUGUCAGAGAAGUGGCCAUCACAUCAGCUGCAAGUGAAGGCGAUGCUCCCAGCUGCAAUGUCAGCCAUGGCGUCCCCGCGGUCAUCUUCUCCAUCGGCGGCUACACCGGCAACUUCUUCCAUGACAUGGCAGACGUGCUGGUGCCUCUGUACCUCACCACCUUCCAUUUCAAAGGGAAGGUACAGCUGUUCGUUGCAAACUACAAGCAAUGGUGGAUUCAGAAGUACAAGCCGGUGCUCCGGCGGCUUUCGCAUCGAGCCGUCGUCGAUUUCGACUCCGACGGCGAUGUCCAUUGCUUCGAUCAUGUGAUCGUGGGCUUGGUGAGAGACAGGGACCUGAUCCUUGGGCAGCAUCCGACGAGGAACCCCAAGGGGUACACCAUGGUCGACUUCACGAGGUUCUUGCGCCACGCGUACGGGCUGAGGAGGGACAAGCCCAUGGUGCUCGGCGAGACGAGCGGCAAGAAGCCGAGGAUGCUGAUCAUAUCGCGGCGGCGGACGAGGAAGCUGCUGAACCUACGGCAGGUGGCGGCCAUGGCGAGGGAGCUGGGAUUCGAGGUGGUGGUCUCCGAGGCCGGCGUCGGCGGCGGCAGCGGCGGCGUGAAGAGGUUCGCGUCGGCGGUGAACUCGUGCGACGUGCUGGUGGGCGUCCACGGCGCCGGGCUGACGAACCAGGCGUUCCUCCCCCGGGGCGGCGUGGUGGUGCAGAUCGUGCCGUGGGGGAGGAUGGAGUGGAUGGCGACCAACUUCUACGGCGCGCCGGCGGCGGCCAUGGAGCUCAGGUACGUGGAGUACCACGUGGCGGCGGAGGAGAGCAGCCUGGCGAGGAGGUACCCGAGGGAGCACGCCGUGUUCAGGGACCCCAUGGCCAUCCAUGGCCAGGGGUGGAAGGCGCUCGCUGACAUCGUCAUGACGCAGGAUGUCAAGCUCAACCUGCGAAGGUUCAGGCCUACGCUUCUGCGUGUGCUUGAUCUUCUUCAGGACUAGCUCGCUAUACUAGUUAUACUGAACAUUUUUUUUCUUUUUUCAUUCUUGUAUUCCUUUUUUUUAGGUUUCUAUACAUAUAUAGUAGCUCAUUCUUUGCUGAUUAAUUCAUUUUUUUACCUGACAUAUAUAAGUUUAGUUCUUAUAUAUACUGGGAUACAUAUACACUCUGUACUUUUGUAAUUUGUACUACCUUGUACAGAGCUGCAUGGCGUCAGUGGAAGAUACACAUAUGCUUUUGUUCCUGA